AUGAAUCCAACAAUACAAAUCGAAGAUAAAGACGCAAAGAACCUGUUAAAAAAAUUACCAAAAAUAAAAUUUAGCCGAAAGGAAAGACCGAGAGAUGCGCCACUAAAAAAGAACGUCGGCGGCGGUCAGGGUCGAGGGAACGUCGCCGACCAAGUUGUCCAACCAGAAACAGAACCAAAUCAUCUAAAGCGUGGAUUGGCCUCGCGUCACUUAACUAUGAUUUCGAUAGGCGGCACUAUUGGUACCGGAAUCUUUUUGACUUCAGGUGCGUCAAUUGCCAAAGCAGGACCAAUUGGUGCUCUAUUGGCUUAUGCGAUUAUUGGAGUUUUGGUAUAUUUCAUGAUAACAUCGCUCUGUGAGAUGGCAACGUUCAUUCCAAUAUCGGGUUCUUUUAAUACGUACGCCAAGAGAUUUGUCGAUCCAGCUCUUGGGUUUGCUCUUGGUUGGAAUUAUUGGUACUUUUGGUCAAUGACGAUAGCAGUUGAAGUUGUGGCAGCGGCAAUCAUAAUGGAGUUUUGGGCGCCAAAUGUUCCCACUUGGAUAUGGAGCUUUCUUUUCAUGGUUUUCAUCUUAGCCUUCAAUCUUAUGCCUGUUAAAGGAUAUGGUGAGUCGGAAUACUGGUUUGCUCUUAUAAAGGUGGUGACCGUGGCAGUAUUUAUUAUCGUGGGCCUCUUAUUAGAUGUGGGAAUUGUCGGGAAUUCCGGUGAAGCAGUAUGGCUCACCAACUACGCUCAUGGAAUCACGGAUUUUUACGGACUCCUCGCUGUGAUAUUGACCGCGGGGUUUUCUUUUCAGGGGGCAGAGCUUGUGGGCAUAGCCGCAGGAGAAUCAAUGAAUCCACAGAAAAAUGUGCCUCAGGCCAUAGGACAAGUUUAUUGGCGAACAUUGAUAUUUUAUUUGUUCACAAUAAUGGUAGUGGGUUUGUUGGUACCAUAUAAUCAUCCAAACCUAAUCGUGGUUGACAGUGGAACUAACGCGUUGGCCAUAAGCCCAUUUACCAUCGUGUUCGAGAAGACGGGGCUUGGUGUGUCGAUGCAUAUUAUUAAUUUCGUUAUUCUGACCACCGUUUUAUCCGCUGGAAGUUCUGGUGUUUACGCCGCUUCUCGAGCGCUUUAUAAUAUGGCUUGCGAAGGAUGCGCACCCAAGAUUUUUGGAGAGGUCAGUGAAAAAGGAGUACCAUUUUACGCCGUGUUUGCCACCGCUUCAGUGGGUAGUUUAGCGUUUUGGAUGUCAUUGAUUGGUGAAGGAAAGUACUAUACCAUUUUACUCAAUAUUUCGGGAGUUUCGAUUUUUAUUCAGUGGGCAGGGAUCAGUUACACGCAUUGGCGAUUUAGAAAAGCCUUCGUUGCUCAGGGUCGCGCAUUAUCUGACCUCCCAUAUCAAGCGAUGUACUUUCCGUUUGGGCCAAUCUUUGCCUGCAGCAUCUUUUCCUUACUAAUAAUCGGGCAAACCUUCAACGCUUUCUACAGUGCCGAUUACGGACACAAGGACCCCUCGAUCGUCAUAACAGCCUACAGUGGAGCCCCGCUAUUCAUAACCCUGUACCUCGCCUUUAAAAUCUUCAAAAAAACCAAAGUAGUUCCAUUGAUGGAAUGUGAUUUCGACAGAGGAUUUGAUCCCAAUGCCGUGGAUAUUGACGAAGAUCAAUUUGACAUCCUGACCAAGAUGACAGCGGUGAUGAUUAAAGGGGGAAAAAAGAUAAGAAAUGUCGAUUUUUGGGGAAAUGCUAUUGACAUGACGGAAAAGGGAGUUCCGGGCAACGAGGUUGUGACCGAGGGGCAGGGACAGGUGGUGGUGAAUAUACCACAGCAAAAUGGACCUAUGCCGGGAGAAACACCCGUCGUACCAGUAACGGCUUAG